AUGCCACCUAGGAAGAAAUUGCGGCUCUCCUCCCAGGGAGUUCUGACUCCACAAACAGAGAAUCUCCAGCAUACGCCUACCACACCCGCGCAACCAGACGUUGUAUCUAAGUUUGAGAGUGAAAGUGAUUCCAUAGUCACAGACCCAUGGACGGAGGAGCAAGAAAUAUCAUUGCUAAAAGGAAUCAUACGAUGGAAACCUGUCGGUAUGCACCCGUACGGCGCUCACAAAAUGCAGGGUGAAAGCUUAAUACCAAAUUUAAUAACCUUAGGAAUGCACAAACACUUUCGCAUGCUAGCUAUUUCAGAGCAUUUAAUAAGUCAGGGUUAUGUGGCACCAAACGAUCAACAUACCCGGAUACCUGGCAUUUGGAAGAAGCUGGGAACGCUAUACAAUCUUGCUGGGCUGGAUGAGAGAGUCGGUGACCCGGAAGCCUCGUUUGCUACAGAUGGAUCUGGUGACUCAGAGCCAGCGCAAGAGCCUUACUGCCCAUUUCAGCUACCAUACGAUGAAUACGGGGAGAUGAUGUUUAAGAGAAGGCUUGCCCCGGAAGGGUCAUCGUCUCCUCCAAUGAGCCUUGCUGGAGGAUCAGUAAGGGCUAGUACAAUUGCAGACACAGAUGAACUAAGUUCCUCGCCCGCACCAUCUCGUGGCCGGCGAGCAAAUCGUAGCACACGCGCCAUAACUCGAGGCACACGAUUUUCACGGUUACAUGCUGAAGCCGAGAAUGGAAAGGGGCGACAAAAUAAUAAGGCUAGUCCGCAUAAAGAAGAAGAUGCCGCUGAAGAUGGCGAGGGAGAGGAAGGAGAUGAGGAGGGGACGGAGACAGCUGAAGAGGAAGACACUGAUACACAGGCUAUGGACUCUGCGCGGGCAAGGCCGACUCGGACGCAGGCUACGCGUGGGAAAGCGAAAAAGCCGAGUAAAGGUCCGCCUAAACGCGGUAGGCGACGGUGA